UAUGUUGAAGAGGGCGAGCUUUUACAACGAUACGGUAUUAGCAAAUGUGCUAUCCGGCUCCAUGACUUCAGUUGAAAAUGGUACAUUGGAUCGUUUAUAUUAUGUUCAUAUCCUCUCAAGAGAGACGCUAAUAAUACAAGCUAAUCAGCGUAAAGGUAAGUCAUUUAAGUCUUUACGGAAGAAGGACUUAUACACGUGUGCUGCACGAAUUCAGAUCGUGUUCUUUAAAGAGCCAUGCAAGAACACAUAAAAAGUCUUAGCAUUGAAGAACAGUACGACACGAAAAGUUAAAAGAAACUGC